UCUCCCCGCCCCGCAUCAGCACCAUCACCUCCGCAAUAAAUAUCCUGAGAUUCAGGAGCUCAGACACAGAGACACGGAGGAGAUCCGGAGAGGCGCUUUAGCUCGGAUUAAGACGCAUUCUGCGCGCGCUGAAGAGGAAGCGGAGUACGGCGCACUGGUUUCGGGAGGGGAGAAACCUUCAGGUCAACAUGAAUGCAUUGCUAAACCUGAUGCUGCAGCUUCUAGCUGCUCUGUGCUGUGCUGCAGAUCCCACAGUGCUGGAUAUCAGACAGAAGCGAGGCACGCGCACAUAUAGAGACGCUUGUGUGGACGCUAAUUCGGCUGCGGUCAGAGACACUGGGGCGACGUGGCUGCGAUGGAAGGGUCAGAAAGUUGAAUUCUGCCGCUGCGCCGUACGAGGAAGAGUACGCUGUCAUGAGAUACCAGUGACCAAAUGUUUCGUGUCUAAGUGUUAUAAUGGAGGGACGUGUAAAGAAGCUGUUUACUCCAAUGACUUCAUCUGCCUGUGUCCGCCCGGGUUUACAGGAACACAGUGUGAAAUCAAUACAGCUGAGCGAUGUUCCGGGGGUCAGGGAUUGGGUUACCGUGGCACCUGGAGCAUAAGCAUGUCAGGACUGGAGUGUAUUAAUUGGAAUUCCAGCUCACUCCGUGGGAAGAAAUUCACUGCCAGGAGACCAGAGGCAAACACACUGGGACUGGGAAAUCACAACUACUGCAGGAAUCCAGAUGGAGACACUAAACCAUGGUGUUACGUUUAUAAAAAGGCUCAGUUCUCAUGGGAGUUCUGCUUUUUACCGACCUGCAUAAUUGACCCCUAUCUAGAGUGCACACGGGGAUCGGGUCAGACCUACAGAGGGACAAAAGCCGUCUCACGCAGCGGUUUGAAGUGUCUUUCGUGGGAUUCACCCGCAGUGUCUCGUAAGAUCUACAACGCAUGGAGGUCCGACGCCAGAGAGAUGGGCAUCGGCAGCCACAACUUCUGCAGCGAGGAAAACACCAUCAAUCACCACACUCGGACCACGAGCCCCUAUAACCAACAACAAUCAAGAUCUGUGUUCAGAUUUGACGAGAAGCGUCUUCGAGUGGUUCUGGGCCGAACCUUCAGGCUUCAGAACUCCAGCAGCGAGCAGAUCUUUGACGUGGAGAAAUACUGGAUUCAUGAGCAGUACGACGACGAGACGUAUGACAAUGAUAUCGCUCUGCUCAAGUUGAAGAGCGAGUUCGGUAUCUGUGCCCUUCACUCUCCAGAAGUNNNGCCUGCAUGUUUACCAGAACCAAACCUGGCUUUACCGGAUUGGACGGAGUGUGAGAUCUCUGGUUACGGAAAAGAGGAAGAGUUUUCUCCGUUUUACUCGGAGCGAAUUAAGCGCGGUCUGGUGCGCUUGUGGCCGCAGGAACAGUGUGUCCCAGAGAAGCUGUCAGGCCGUCUGGUCACUCCAAACAUGCUGUGCGCCGGAGACACACGCGGCCUGGACGACGCCUGCAAGGGGGAUUCCGGCGGCCCUCUGGUGUGUCCCAAAAACGGCAGGAUGACUCUGAUGGGUUUGAUCAGCUGGGGCGACGGCUGCGGCAAGAAAGACACGCCUGGUGUUUACACGCGUGUCACAAACUACACAAACUGGAUCUCCAGCAAGAUGAGAGCGAACUGAGACACGAACGAACAUCAUUCACACAAAAUACAGCUACUGUCGGGUACGGAAAGUAAGGUGAUGGGGAAAACGGCUCGCAUUCACUGAGCUUCACGCCUACUGGACUCUACAUUUGACCUUCUGUGGGUUUGAGUGGCAUUUAAGGAGGAGACGUGGGAAUGCGAGACUGAUGCUGUGAGUCAGUCAUUGCAGGUCAUGUUGCACACAGGACAAGGACCGUUUUUAAUAUACAACACACAACGUGGCCUUCAGUUUUCACCCUUCAACAUGAGAAAGGGUGCAAAAGUGCAAACUCUCAUGCACAAGAUCUUUUAAAAGUACUUCAUGUUUUAAAAUGAUAAUGGAUUUAGAGACACUUCUGCUUUGCUUUUAAAUAGUGAAGAUGUGAGCGAGUGACUGAUGGCACUUUUGAAUGUUAUGUGAUGCUUAUUAAUGCUUGUCAUGAUGUUAAAUCAUAGUUAUUUUUAAAACUAAACAUCUGCUGGGUCAGAGGGACGUUCAUUUAGGUGGUCAGUGUUGCUGCGUUGAUCCAAACACAUUCAUUUGACUGUAUUUAAUACGACUUGUUUGAUUGCAAAAUGUCUUUGGCAACCCAGAUCUAAUAUUAUUACGGACUUUAGAUGUUGGGAUGCAUAGUAAGUUAAUAUUUAACAUCUUUUAUACACUUUAGCAGCUAGUGCUAAAUUAUUGUUGUUUGUUUUUAUACGGUAAUUAUUUUUGCACGACUUUUUAUAAAUCGUGAAAUGGAAACUGUUGCUUGUCUUCUGUAUGAAAAAUACUUCCGAUUCUUUUUUUUCAGCAAGUGUUUUGUGAAUUCGCACGGCCUAUUUAGUCAAACUGGAUAACGGGUGAGUGAUUUCAGGAAAAACAGAGAGAGAGUUACAAAAUAAAAGUCAUUUCAGGAGUCUUGCAGCAAAAGCUAAUUUCCUUGUGUUUAUUUCCUUAA